AUGGUCUUUGAAGAUGAACCUGAAAACUCCUGCUUCCAUUCUUGGCUCAGACCUAAUAGCAGGCAGAGGCACAGGAAAGGGGGCCGCCGGCUCCUGGAGCGCCUGACACCUAAUGCUCACAGGGAGCCCAGACUUUGGGGAACGACCCUGACAGAGAACACAGCUGAGAACCGGGAGCCUUACAUCAAGACCACCCUGCGGGAGCUGCUGGUGUACAUCGUAUUCCUGGUGGACAUCUGUCUCUAUGAGGAUAAAGUAUGCCUUUGUGAGGAAUGUGGGAACCAAAAAUGCCUGCGCUAUCAUAGGCUUUCAGUGAACAUCAGUUGUCAUUGUCCAACAAGGUCUGUGAACAAUUUCCUGAUGACUGGCCCAAAGGCUUACCUGAUCUACUCCAGCAGUGUGGCUGCUGGGGCCCAGAGCGGCAUUGAAGAAUGCAAGUACCAGUUUGCCUGGGACCGCUGGAACUGCCCGGAGCGUGCCCUCCAGCUGUCCAGCCAUGGUGGGCUCCGCAGUGCGAACCGUGAGACGGCGUUCGUGCAUGCCAUCAGCUCUGCCGGAGUUAUGUACACACUGACCAGGAACUGCAGCCUGGGUGAUUUUGACAACUGUGGCUGUGACGACUCCCGAAAUGGGCAGCUGGGGGGCCAAGGCUGGCUAUGGGGAGGCUGUAGUGACAACGUGGGCUUUGGAGAGGCCAUUUCCAAGCAGUUUGUUGAUGCUCUGGAGACAGGACAGGAUGCCCGAGCAGCCAUGAACUUGCACAACAACGAGGCUGGCCGCAAGGCGGUGAAGGGCACCAUGAAACGCACGUGCAAGUGCCACGGCGUGUCCGGCAGCUGCACCACACAGACCUGCUGGCUGCAGCUGCCCGAGUUCCGCGAGGUGGGCGCGCACCUGAAAGAGAAAUACCAUGCGGCGCUCAAAGUGGACCUACUGCAGGGUGCGGGCAACAGCGCGGCCGGCCGCGGCGCCAUCGCCGACACCUUCCGUUCCAUUUCUACCCGAGAGCUGGUGCACCUGGAGGACUCCCCGGACUACUGCCUGGAGAACAAAACGCUGGGGCUGCUGGGCACCGAGGGCCGAGAGUGCCUGCGGCGGGGGCGGGCCCUGGGCCGCUGGGAGCGCCGCAGCUGCCGCCGGCUCUGCGGGGACUGUGGGCUGGCGGUGGAGGAGCGCCGCGCCGAGACCGUGUCCAGUUGCAACUGCAAGUUCCACUGGUGCUGCGCCGUCCGCUGCGAGCAAUGCCGCCGGCGGGUCACCAAGUACUUCUGUAGCCGCGCGGAGCGGCCGCGGGGGGGCACUGUCCACAAGUCGGGGACAAAACCCUAACGGGCCCCUCUCUUGCCUCUUUUCCCUGAUUGUCCCUGGCAUCCUUUAGAUACCCAGUCAUAGAGGAGUCUAGGGGAUGGGGCUCCAAAAGGGAGAGACUAUCAUGUAUUUGGAGCUUGCCGGUUGCAGUCAGUUCCCCAGUUCCAGUGG